UGGAGGUGCGAGGGGAGGAGGAGGGCUGGCACCGGAGCGCCGCGGUGUCGGUGCAAUAAAAAUGCAUCCCAUGGAACUGCCCAUGGAGAAGGACGGGACCGAGCCUCGGCGGCCACAGGAGGUGGGAAAAGCGGAGGAGGACAGCCGGGAGGCGGCGGCGGCCGGGAAGUGAAAGGUCUCGCAAAGUUCAGCGUCGGCUGCGGGCGCCGAGCCCUGGGCGAGCGGCGCACCCGCCCUCAGGGCCGCUCAGCCGGCUGCGGCCAGGCCGGCUAUGAUCCCGGGGCUCCCGCCGCCGCUGAGCUGCCCGGGCCCCGCCAGGCCGGUGCGCGACGGUCAUCCCGCCGCCUGGCGCGGCCCCGGCCCGCGGCUCUGCGCCCACGGUGCCCACUGAGCGAGCCUGGCGCCCCGGGAGGAGGAAGAACCACAGAGCCCCGGGUACUCCCGAGAACCGCUGCCGCUUCAUCCCACCCGCUCCCGCAGCUGCCCGGCCAUGGGGAGCUGCGCACGGCUGCUGCUGCUCUGGGGCUGCUCCGCGGUGGCCGCAGGAUUGAAUGGAGUGGCUGGAGCGAAUUCCCGCUGUGAGAAGGCCUGCAACCCUCGCAUGGGCAACUUGGCUUUGGGAAGAAAACUCCGGGCAGACACUACGUGUGGCCAGAAUGCCACCGAACUGUUCUGCUUCGACAGUGAGAAUGCUGAUCUCACUUGCCGGCAGCCCAAGUGUGAUAAAUGCAAUGCUGCGCAUCCUCAUCUGGCCCACCCACCUUCUGCUAUGGCAGAUUCGUCCUUCAGGUUUCCCCGUACAUGGUGGCAGUCUGCAGAGGAUGUGCACAGAGAAAAGAUCCAGCUAGACCUGGAAGCAGAAUUCUACUUCACUCACCUAAUUAUGGUGUUCAAGUCCCCCAGGCCUGCAGCCAUGGUGCUGGACCGGUCCCAGGACUUUGGGAAGACCUGGAAGCCUUACAAGUACUUUGCAACAAACUGCUCGGCUACUUUUGGCCUGGAAGAUGACGUUGUCAAGAAGGGAGCUGUUUGCACGUCUAGAUACUCAAAUCCUUUCCCAUGCACCGGAGGAGAGGUUAUUUUCAGAGCCCUGUCACCACCAUAUGACAUAGAAAACCCUUACAGUGCCAAAGUACAGGAGCAGCUGAAGAUCACCAACCUCCGCGUGCGCCUGCUCAAGCGACAGUCCUGCCCUUGUCAGAGAAACGACUUGAACGCAAAGCCUCACCAUUUUACACACUACGCAAUCUAUGACUUCAUCGUUAAGGGCAGCUGCUUCUGCAACGGCCACGCUGAUCAGUGUUUACCUGUGGAGGGCUUCAGACCAGUCAAGGCCCCGGGAGCAUUCCACGUGGUCCACGGGAAGUGUAUGUGUAAGCACAAUACAGCAGGUAGCCACUGCCAGCACUGUGCACCAUUAUACAAUGACCGGCCCUGGGAGGCAGCGGAUGGCAGAACAGGGGCUCCUAACGAAUGCAGAACCUGCAAGUGCAAUGGGCAUGCAGACGCUUGUCACUUCGACAUCAGUGUGUGGGAGGCAUCAGGGAAUCGCAGUGGUGGUGUUUGCAACAACUGUCAGCACAACACUGAGGGUCAGCACUGUCAACGCUGUAAGCCAGGUUUCUACCGCGACCUCAGGAGACCCUUCUCUGCCCCUGAUGCUUGCAAAGCAUGUUCCUGCCACCCAGUUGGAUCGGCGAUCCUUCCUUUCAGCUCAGUGACCUUCUGCGACCCCAGCAAUGGUGACUGCCCUUGCAAACCUGGUGUGGCAGGGCCACAUUGCGACAGGUGCAUGGUGGGAUACUGGGGCUUCGGAGACUAUGGCUGCAGACCUUGUGAUUGUGCAGGGAGCUGCGACCCACUCACGGGAGACUGCAUUAGCAGUAAUGCUGAAUUAGACUGGUACCACGAAGUCCCUGCCUUUCACUCGCUGCACAAUAAGAGCGAGCCGAGCUGGGAGUGGGAGGAUGAGCAGGGAUUUUCUGCACUCCGACACUCAGGUAAAUGUGAAUGUAAGGAGCAGGUGUUAGGAAACCCCAAGGCCUUCUGCGGAAUGAAGUAUUCAUAUGUGUUAAAAAUCAAGAUUUUAUCAGCUCAUGAUAAAGGCUCCCAUGCUGAGGUCAAUGUAAAGAUUAAGAAAGUCUUACAUUCUACCAAGCUGAAGAUCUUACGAGGCAAGAGAACACUGUAUCCAGAGUCCUGGACUAACAGAGGCUGCACCUGCCCAAUCCUCAAUCCAGGCUUGGAGUACCUGGUAGCUGGCCAUGAGGAUGUAAGAACAGGCAAAUUAAUUGUGAAUAUGAAAAGCUUUGUCCAGCACUGGAAACCAGCUCUCGGGAGAAGAGUCAUGCACAUCUUAAAAAGAGACUGCAUGUGGCACUGAAGCUCUUAAGCACACAAGGGCUCUUCUUCUCUGGGUAGCAGAUACACAAGUCUAACGAAAAAGAGACUUCAAAAUAAAACUGGAAUAUUUUCUAAGUGCCAAAAUGUAGUGGGGAAAAAAUGUUCCAGUCGCAUAGGCCUUUUCUAACCUAACCAUUCUGGAUCUGUGUUUGAAAACAGUCUUUCAUAGAGAAAUGAAAAGCUCAAGCUGAUACCUGCUUUAACUGAAACUGGUUCUGAAAGCCAUAGUUAUUGAGAAUUUUUUAAUAGCAACAUUGCCAUCAUCCAUUAAGGUCUCCUCCCGGCUUCAGAUGUGUUUAUUUAAGAAAUUAAUGAGAUUUAAAAAAAAACACACCCCCAGCCCCACCCCCAGCCUCCAACUCUACUUGCAGGAAAGGCUUCUUAAAGAGAGCCUUGUCUUGUGUGCUGUGUGUGGGAUGUGAGUGAGACUUCUCCAUGUGUAUAUAUAGAAUUUCCUUGUGUAAAGCACUUUACCUACCACUUGUGAAAGUCUGGAGACUGCUACUGACAGGCAGAGAAGAGAGGGACUGCCCGAAGACUCUACUGAACCAGAGGCUCCACCACUGUGGAUGGAGAGGAACCAUGGAUAAAGGAAGCUAUCUAUGCUGUUAGCUCCAGAUACUGGGAGAAACACUGUAUAAACCCAAAGCCUAAAAGAAAAUGUUUGCGUGAAGUCCCGGUUUAGGGUGAGAGGUUAGAUUGUAAAAUAGUGGCCACAAUGAAAUGAGAGAGAGAGAGAGAGAGAGAGAGAGAGAGAGAGAGA